CGGCGUUCUGCUACUUAGCUCGCCAGACGGACACACACACACGCACAGCCGGCUGUUCCCGCAUGCAAGCGGGAAACGGGUUCGUCGUGUUGGCGCGCUGCAGAAAGGGAAAAAGCCGGGAUAUGUCCGGUUCCGUUUUCCAGGAUUUCCCCGUUCUCUAUAGGUGUGUCUUCCCAAUUGUCGUGUAUACAGCGCCUCUUUUUGCAAUGGCGUGAAAGCCGAGCGCAAGUUCGGUGCUGCGUCCAAGCCACCGGUUUCCGUUCUCUGUAUGUACACCCGAACUUUUACACAGCAUUUCACGGAGCCGGUUCCGUUCUGUGUCUUCUAGCAGCGUUCUGAAUUCGUAUCGGUUUGCUUUUCCGCUGGCUUCGUGCGGAAGUUUUCUCUUUCCCUCUCCACACGUGCGGCUUGUCUGCGUUCUUGUCUUUCCAUUUCUUGUGCCUUGGUGGCGGAAACGUCGAACCCUGCGUCGUCGACUGCGCGGCCGCCCCAUGGCUCUUGGUCGGUGUGUUUCUUGUCUCAUUCAUUCCCUUUCUUGUUGAUUGUCUUUUCCCAGAGCAGGAAGAAGAUACGUAGGGGCUUCUUCGUGUCUCCGGGUUUCUCCUCCGCGCUCCUUGCUCGUCGAGCGUGUCUCGUCCCGGCUUUGUGUGUCUUGGCUACCUGAUCUCCGGUUUCUUCCGGUUCUCAGUUACGUGAAGGCGGACCCUCUUUUCUUCGUUCCCCGUCGUGUUUUGUAUUUCUUAGCUCCACUAACCCAGAUUUCCAUCGUGUUAUUGCAGAGCUCGCGGCUUCGCGCCACCUCCCCGCCCGUGCUGGGUCGGCCGUCAGAACCAGCCCCGCAAAAAUGUCGACGACAAAUCCAGAAAUCCGGGAAACGGAGUGGGACGCCCUGCAGAGGAAGUUCGGAAAUCUGCCGAAGCUUCCGGAUGUCGUGACAGAGGAACAGCUGACGCGUGAGGUCGUCGACGCCGCCGAGAAAGUCGACACGCUGGCCAGCAAGAGCCUCAAAGAAUUGGAUGCGCUGGAAGAUGAAGUGGAAGAAGACGUCCUCGAAAAGUAUCGACGCAAGCGACUGGAGGAGAUCGAGAACAGAAGGAAACUCGAAAGAUUUGGAGAUGUGUAUCAUUUGAGCAAGGACGGCUUCGUGGAGGAGGUGACUCGAGCGUCGGAGGUGGAUCCUCUCCAAGCAAGCAGCCAGCGGUCGCCUAAGGGCGACUCGGACUCUUCUGACGAGGACGAGUCUGUGCGCAGUAAAGAAGUCGGGUGUUUCUCUUCCUCGCACCCCGAGUCCAGAAGGAAGAAACGUGGAACGUGGGUCGUCGUCCAUCUCUACCAGAGCGCGGUUCCUGCAUGCAAGGCCCUCAACGAACUUCUUCCGCAGCUCGCUCAGAGACAUCGGGAAGUCAAAUUCAUGAAGGGCAUCGCCACAGACGUUAUCCCCAACUUCCCGGACUCGAAGGUCCCCACGAUGCUCCUUUACUUUGGGGGAACGUGUCGCGCCCAAGUCGUCGGGCUUCAGAAGGAAUGGGCAGACGAAGGAGACACACGAAAACUUCCUACGCUUCACGGAAUCGAGAAGUUCCUCGGCAGAUACGGAGUUCUGAACGGAGACACUGAUCGGCGAGAUGAGAGUGAUGGCGACAGCUCCGACGAGGACAGCAGGCGAGGCGCGCGUCACUUGCGUAUUUCGUAUGGAGACAGCCGAGGGCGAGACGACGAAAGCGAUGAGGAAAAAGAGAGAACGAGAACCAAGGGGUAUUCUUCCUUAGGCUUCGAUCGCAAAGUUCAACGAGGCUACUGACGAGCAGGAGGAAGGGACCCGAGAGAGAAGACACGAGAAAGACAGGGAAAGUGAAGAGAAAGUCGAGAUGCGGCCGAGGGGAACGAGGGGAAAAGAGGAGACCAGAAAGAUAAGCGACAACAGGUAGAGCCAAAGGAGACGAAAGUUCUCCACAUGGGGGAACAGAGAGAAAUGGAAAGCGCGACGACAGAGCGUCGAGCAAGUGUCGCGGGUUAGGCCGUGUCGACUGGCGCUGGUGGAACGCAAGAGCGACGACAGAGAAUGACACUCAGACUUCGUAAGGGAGACAGGAUAACUGUUUUUUGCCAGCAUAGUUGAGAACUCGACUGCAGACACCCCAUUUGUCGUGCCUUCCGGCUUUUGGCAUGGAACGAGCACCUGAAAAGCUAGGCAGGCCUUCUGAGAAACACAUUGGAGGAGCGCAGAAGGGACUUUGAUCAAAAGGUGGCGUUUUUGUCGCAGCGUCGAUACGCCUGAGCGAGCUUCAAGUCUAAGGCAGCAAAGCUCUUGCUGUUAUGUCUCGUCAAGGGAGAGGUCCGGUGGAGCAGUCGCCAGGUGGCUUCCAAAGAACUCCAGGGGGAAAUGUUUCGGGGAGUAGAUUUGUGACUUCUCUUGGUCACCUUUAUGCUCCUCCCCACUGGUCGUUCUCUCACGUGACCGCUCAGACCAACGGGUGCUUUACAGAAGCGUUCCUUCAAGCACAUAUCUUAACGCUGUGUGUUUCUGUAUUUUAGAGCUGUGUUCCUGUGCAGUUAGGCAAGCAUAUUGGUAGGCAGGCUUCGCGCUGUACAGACGUGAACCACACAGAGAGCAAAACAGCUACUUAGGAAGGAAAGAUGGUAGCAACAUGAAUACAAAUGAAGGUAUCUGCUGUCCUUUUCUGGGAGGCUUUUGGGUUGGAAGAAGUUUGAGAAGAGUAGCUUCGAGAGAAGAUACUGAAGGACUCGCGGGGUGCCGGGGCGCGUGCUGCUGUUUGUGCUGUAUGCUCUGAGGCGCUGCAGAUGCACUUGCUUUGUCUUCGUUACAGAGUGAACAAACAGAGGUUUUCUUCACCACUCAAAGUGCAGGGAAGCUGUAUCAGAAUAAACACCCAGGUGGCGCGACAAGCGGAUGUUUUUUUUCGCGUGCCUGCUUGUGGCUUCAGUCGGUAGAAGGGAUGCUAAAGAGGCAGCGAUGACGAUCACUCACUGCAUUUACCUUUUCGAAAUCUGUUCGGUUUACCGGAAAGUGUUGUUCGUGCGGCUUGUGG